AUGUCACUUGAUCAGCUGCAGAAUCUUCAGUUUCAACUGAAGUUCGUCGCGAAGCAGUUCGCAAAGAAUUCCACGCGAUGUGAAAAGGAGGAGAAACAAGAGAUGCUCAAGUGUAAGCAAGCGAUGGAGAAGGGCAAUAUGGACGGUGCCCGUAUUUUUGCACAGAAUAGCAUCCGAAAAAAGAAUGAGUCGCUCAAUCACCUGCGCCUCGCCGCUCGCAUGGACGCAGUCGUCUCGCGGCUUGACACCGCCGUAAAAAUGAAGAUGGUGACAAAGGGAAUGGGUCAGAUGGUAAAGGGAAUGGACAAAGUGCUGCAUUCAAUGAACCCGGAGAUGAUCUCAAAGCUCAUGGACAAGUUUGAAAAGCAGUUCGAAACGAUGGAUGUCACUUCCGAAUACAUGGAGAACGCGAUUGGCCAGACAACAGCCACAAGUAUGCCAGAAGAUGACGUGAACACGCUGAUGGCGCAGGUGGCAGACGAGCACGGCUUGGAUAUUAAGGAGCACCUUGAUGAUAAACUGCGCAUAAACAAGACAAAUCCAAUGGCGGUUCACACAGAGCAGACAGUGGAUACGGAGCGGGAUGAACUGGAAGAACAGUUUGCGCGACUCCGAGGAAAGUAG